AUGUCCUUUUCAUUUGGAUUUACGAAAGAUGAUUUCAGUGACGAUGAAAUAGACGAGUCGUCGUUAUUACAACCAACCCAACUACAACUGGAACAACACUUGAACCAACCACAUCAGAAUCCACUUGACACGCUCAUUAUUGAUCCUAAAUCUGCUCCUCAAUUGCAUACAUUAGAUUCAAUACUAUCGAAAUUAGAAAAUGUUAGAAUCUCGUUCGAUAACUAUACAACACCUAUCGGACAGAGUUUAGUCUAUAGGAGAGAAUUAUUUGAUGUCAAGCAUCAAAUCAUGACUGAAGACGAUCAGGGACAAGAAGAUGGUAGUAAUAGGGAAAAGCUAAAUGAAUUAUUAAUUGAAGAGAAUAACUCCGAUUUGCAAAAGAAUGAGUAUGAAGGUGGAUUUAAAAGUUGGGAAUGCGCUUAUGAUACUGUAGAUAAAUUAUGUAAUUUGAUUGAAAAUGAAGGAUUUUUAGAUCAAGUUAAAUCUGUAUUGGAAUUUGGAUGUGGAACAAGUUUACCUAGUUGUUUGAUAUUGAUGAAAAAAUUACAAUUGAAGAACAAGAAUGAAAUGAAUUUGAUUUUAUCUGAUUUCAAUUAUGAUGUAUUAAGAUUAGUUACAUUACCUAAUAUUUUGAUUCAUUGGGCUUCUACACUUCCCGUAGAACAAUUACAUAACUUAACUACCAGUGAACAAAACCCGGUAUUUCAUAACGAUGAAAUAUUGAUAACUCCAUUAUUAAUCCAAGAAUUCAAAAAUAGCUUGCAAUUAUUUAAUAUCAAUAUUUCAUUUGUAUCUGGAUCAUGGGGAAGACAAUUUAAUAAAUUGAUACAAGAAGCGAAUAUUGAUUUCAUAAUAAGUUCAGAAACAAUUUAUAGUAGAGAGACAUUACCUAUAGUAGCAGAAUCUAUUAAAGAGAUUCUUAGUAAUUCACAAGCUAAUAAUUCCAGAUGUUUAUUGGCUGCAAAGAAUAUUUACUUUGGAGUUGGGGGGUCAGUUAUUGAAUUCUUGAAUUAUUUCAAUAAAAUAAAGACUGAUAAGUUUCAAGUUGAAGUUGAAGAGAUUAAUGAUUCUCAAUUGAAGAGAUCUUUAGUGAAUAUUGUAUAUUAUAAAUAG